GUUGUGGGCGCGGAGGCGCGCGGCGCCGGGGCGCGGGGCGGGGUCGCGCGGCCUCUCUGAGUCGCGCUAGGUUAGUACAGCGCUCUGCACGAGUGACGGACGCCCGGCUUCACGGCCGGCGAUUUUAGUAUUCUUCAUUUAUUUUCUUUUUCUAUUCGUUUAAUUUGUGAAACACCCCGGAAACAUGAAACGAGUGUCCCGCGAGUGAGUACCCAGUGUUCAAAAUAUACCGGUGUUUUAUUUUGACAGUGUCACGUGCGGAGCCGAUUGUUACCGGUUCCCGAGUCUUCUCUAAGUGUUUAUAUACGCACGCGGCCUUCACUUGCAGGUAGCGAAUGUGAUAGUGUAAAGUUUACCGAAUUAUAAGAUUUACAAGUGGUGCAAAGAGUUCUCGUGGGAACGCGCGGAGUUCAGUGUUUCGCGAACGCAAAGUUCGCACGGAUUUGUUCCAAUAGGAAUCCGCUCGGAAACUAGUGGUGAAGUUACAAGUUUACGACAUAACCUUACGAACGAGGCGCGUGUUGUACAGGCAUGCGCAGUUCGGGUCUCUAAAAUUAAUAAUAGAGGCUCAUAAUUUUAUAAACAAACCGUGUGCGUGUUGAGUGGAAGUGUAGUGUCGCGCCGCUAACUAGCGACGCACGACUCGCCGGGUGCGCGACAGUCGCAAAAAUUUGAAAAUCGGAUAUUAAACGUUCACCUGUAGGAAUUGGUGUUUUACCUGCGCGCGCACUGGACUUCUUUACAAAGGUUGGCGCAACUAUGAUGUCCUGUCCUCUCCCGCUGCCGCUACUGCCGGCCCUGCAUCCUCAGCCAGCGCUCGCCUCAGACUUCCCUAUCCACAUUGGAAUAAAGAGAGGCUCCGACGAGCUUCUGUCGCAGAGUGGCGUCACCGUCAUGGCGCCCGCCGCUCCGCACCACGCCGACAACAACAACCAAGACUCUGCCGCCAAAAAGGUGAAACUGGAACAGAAUGUGGGCAAACCGUCGCGCGUCAUCCACAUACGAAACAUACCCAACGAGACGACAGAGGCCGAGAUCAUACAGCUCGGCCUGCCCUUCGGCCGAGUCACCAACGUGCUCGUCCUCAAAGGAAAGAAUCAGGCCUUCCUCGAGAUGGCGGAGGAGAUAUCCGCGGUGGCGAUAGUGGCGUACUUCGGCGGUUGCGUGGCGCAGCUGCGCGGGCGCGCUGUCUACGUGCAGUUCUCCAACCACAAGGAGCUCAAGACCGACCAGACACACAGUAACGCCUCGGCGUCUGCGCAGGCGGCACUACAGGCCGCCCAGGUGAUCUCCAACAGCGCGGGGGCGGCGCUCGUGGCCGGCGCCGGCGCCGCGCUGCAGCCCGCUAACGGCGGCACUGAAAUCCAGGGUGGCCCCAACACAGUGUUGCGAGUUAUCAUAGAACACAUGCUCUACCCUAUCGUGCUCGACGUGUUGUACUCCAUCUUCCAGCGAUACGGAAAGGUGCUCAAAAUUGUCACCUUCACCAAAAACAAUUCAUUCCAAGCCCUCAUUCAAUACCCAGACACCGUAUCAGCGCAAACAGCAAAAACGGCCCUAGACGGACAAAACAUUUAUAAUGGAUGCUGCACUCUCCGCAUCGAUUAUUCAAAGAUGACCUGCCUUAAUGUCAAAUACAACAAUGAUAAGUCCCGGGACUACACUAACCCUACGUUGCCGUCCGGCGACGGCGACGCCCACCAGUUGUUGACCAGUGAGUUGAUGCCUCUGCGGGCUCGAGUCGCCCUGGCCCUCGCUUCCAGGAUGAGUGGUGGCGUACUUGCUCCGCCGUUCCUUGGGCUCGGCUCUGGCCUGGCGUCCCCGUACGGCGUCGGCGUCGGCGGGGUCGGACUGCCGGCGUUCGGCGCGCUCACGCUGACGCCCGCGUCGCCCGCGCUGCGCGCCCUAGCAGCGCCGCCGCUACCUCUUGCCACUGUGCUACUCGUCUCCAAUCUCAACGAAGAGAUGGUCACGCCUGACGCUCUCUUUACCCUUUUCGGCGUGUACGGCGAUGUGCAGCGAGUGAAGAUACUCUACAAUAAGAAGGAUUCUGCUCUCAUUCAAAUGGCUGAGCCGCAUCAGGCUCAUCUAGCCCUGACUCACAUGGACAAGCUGCGCGUAUUCGGGAAGGCCAUGCGCGUGAUGCUGAGCAAACAUCAAACUGUGCAGCUGCCGAAAGAGGGACAACCGGACGCUGGUCUCACGAGGGACUAUUCGCAGAGCCCCCUCCACAGAUUUAAAAAGCCUGGCAGCAAAAACUACCAGAACAUUUACCCGCCGAGCGCCACGCUGCAUCUAUCUAACAUUCCCGCGACGGUCUCCGAGGAAGAUAUCAAGGAAGCCUUCACAAAACGAGGCUUCACAAUCAAGGCGUUCAAGUUUUUCCCGAAGGACCGCAAGAUGGCGCUGGUGCAACUGCCCUCCAUCGACGACGCCGUGGCCGCACUCAUCAAGAUGCACAACUACCAGCUGUCCGAGUCCAACCAUCUCCGGGUCUCCUUCUCCAAGUCCAGCAUCUAAACGGACAGAUUCGGAAUAUCACACAAUCUCUGUCAGUCGCGUCCUUAUGGCUAUCAUUAUCAAGUCACUGAAUGUUUAGUGAGACUCUUUGGAUGCGUAGGAUAAGCGACUGUCAAUUAAACUGAACCUCUCACUCAACUCGAGAAUUUCCCUCGACUGAAAAUUACAAAGUAAUCUGUAUUACGCUUACUCGGAUCAGUUUAGAGGAAUAAGUGCUACUCUAUUUUCUUAGUGAAUACGUACAUUUAAUAUUACUGCAAACGUUAAUCUAAGAUACAUUCAUCACACGACUUCAAACGGCAGCUAUAUAUGUUUUUUAUUGUUUUAGAAGCGACUCUGAUUAUGUUCCUACCGCCCUGACGCCUGAGAGGAUGCCUAUUUUGUGUGAUAUUCAUUCCAUAAUUUUAAUAAUCAUAAUUUUAUUUCAAUAAUGUCUUCAUGAUUUCCAUUUGAUAUUUGUAAUUUGCGUAAAUCAAUUUAUCAAAACAAUAUAUAUUUUGCAAUUAGAUUGCGCUAGAUUUAUUUAAAGUUCGUCGAAAUGGACCCUUUUAUCGCGAUGUCAGACAUUGCUUUCGUUAAUUCAUGGUUGUUUUAUUCAGGCAGCUAAUUUAUAUUAAAUAUCUAUCGCUUUAAAAUAUAUUUUGUCAUGUUCAUGUUACAAUAUUAUAGCAAGCACAUUGUUGUAUGGGAAUUUCAGUGUAUAAUUAUUAUUUGCAGUUAUUAUUCUAAUAUUAUAUUUUAUAUAUAAAAACAUGAUUUAUUUUAACAUGCACAAUUUACAAUUAUUGCAUUUCUUUGUAAGUAUAUAAUUAUAGUUUUGUACACAUACACAUUUUGUUAUUAUUGGGAAUUUACAUUUAUAAAUGUGUAUGUGUGUGCAAUAUUAGGUUUAGAGAUAAUUUUAGUAAUGUUCUUAGAUUUCAUCGUCUACGUGUUACUGAUGCUUCCAUACGUGUUUCGUUGUCUGCAGCGACGCCUUGUUCUGUUUCAAUAGUUGUUCUCGGUUAGUUAGUGUAAUCACGACUCUUAUAGCUAAGCAUCUAGUUGAUAUAUCACUAUGUAUAACGUUAUGUUCAUCGACAUAAUAGUGACAUGAUGCAUUUAUUUCGAUGUUAAUUUAAUAUUAGCUACAACAUACUAUAUUGCUCGUGCAUACAGUUAACGGUAGAUAAUUAAUUAUUUAUUUGUCUAGCUAGAGAGCCGUACGCGCGGUGUGGGGGAUACUACAAUAACGUAUUUUUUAGAAUAAUUUUCAGUAUAAUUUGAUUAGUGUGUCGCCACACUGCGAACGGCCAUGGUCGAGAAUAUAUUCGAGAUCUGAUUUGCUUUUUCUCUAGCAUAUUAAAUGAGCAGUAUUCACACUAGGGCACAAGAACUUGUUAUACAGUAUUAGUUAAAUAACUCCCCUGAUACUUUAUUUUUGUACAUAAACAUUCAAAGUUUCAUGACUUGGCUUUUCAAACUUCUUGGACUCGUGCUCGAUUGGUUUUCACACAUCUUUGCCUUCUUAAAUUAAUAAAUAUGCGUCUAGUCCAUUGCAAAAGAGAUUAAGUUUGUGGAUUAAGUA